AUGAAUUUGCUCCCAUCAUCUAUGGAAGUGAUUGAUCAACUCUUUUUAAAUUCUUUUCAAAAUCGAUUGGAUUCAGAUCCCCAUCAAGUUGCGGGGAGAAAUGCAGAGAUAUCUCCUGAUGCUAAGCAAAGUGGCUGCCCAAAUGCAGCAUCUAUUUCAAAGUCGACCGGAAUAGAUUGGAGCGAUUCUUUGCGUAGCAGAUUUGAAUGGUCCCCAGCAAGCACAAAUGCUAGCAAAAAUAAUUUAUUUCCACCUGCUGAUGAUUGGUCUGAAGAUUUAAAAUGCACCAAUGGAAGCCUCUCGUUUAAUUUUCUUCAUUUACAAAACAGUAAAGACUCUACUGCUUCAUUAAUAUUUUUGGAGAACGUUCUUAAAGAAGAGAUGAUGAUUUCUACUUCAGCUGCUUCCAUUCCAGCCGUACAAACUAAUCAGCGCGCCCUUCCAAGAAUUGUGAGAAAAGCAUCUGCAUUCGAUUUGGCGCUUCCCAUACACCCGCUUUCUGAACCGGCUUUCGCCUCCACUUCCCCGCCAAAAGAGUCAUUUCUUCCUUCAAUAAUGGGGUUCAGAGACCACAAUAAUCCCAAUCAUAAUAUCAAUUUUACUCACCCACACGUUCCACCUUUGAAUCUCCUCUUUGCGAACAAGAAUAAUCCUGGCGGAUAUCAUCAUCAUCAUAUGAUGUCAGAUUCCUAUUCUGCCACGCUGGGCCCCUUUUGCUCCUCUCCAAAAAGCCCUGAAAUUGACCCAGGCGGCCACUUAACUGCUGGGACGCUUCGGCAUUGCUUGUCACCAGACUCACUUGGCAUCCAUCCCUUUCUUGAGGAUAUUGACUUUGAUGAGGAGGACAAUAAUUCCCGCAACCACCGCUCUCAUUUAGCUAGUGAGAAUAGUGAACCACAUUUAUUUGAGGGAGACGGCUUUUCCUCGCAUGCUAAAGCUCGAGAUGCCGUUGCUGCAGCUUGGUCUUCCCUUUUGGAGGGAACAAUUAUUGGAAAUGUUCGAUCCUCAAUCCCCAAAAAAGAUGCUAUGAAACCUUCGCCGUUCCCAUCUCUUGAGACUAUCAAAAAUUCUCUUUCGAUUAUUCAGACGUCUUUGCCAGUAAAAAGAUCCAUUCCUCUUCCAACGGAGAAGUUUCUCCUCGUAUCUUUCAAAAAUGGUCGUUCAGAGAUUUUUCUGCGGCCAGAAAACCAAGAAGAUCUCUCUUUAACCCUUUUGGACUACGUUAUGGUUGAAGGUGAUCGUGGCGAGGAUCUGGGCAUCGUUUCUGGGGCUGUCGGACAAUCAUGGGUCCAUUCGGUUAUUUCCCGCUGGAACACCUCUAUUGUGGGCUCAUCGCCCAUUAGAUUCUCAAUAUCUGAUGAAGAACUUAGCUCUCGGGAUGAGAUUUUUGCUCCCUGGCCUACUGUUGCCUCGAUUACCAUUACGACUGCGACUUCGGGAAACGGCGACCACCAGCCCACCAAUUCUGGUCUCUACUUUGCUAAUUUGAAAGACCUGAUGGGCAAGCGCCAUGUUCUUCGUACCGCAACGCCAGAAGAGAUCAAAAGCUGGAGAUCACAGAGGCAAGAAGAGUCUCUGGCUGUUCUCCGAUGUGCAGUGGUCGUUCGUUCUCAUCGUCUUCCAAUGACGAUCGUGGAUGCAGAAUAUCAGCAUGACCGCGCCAAACUGACAUUCUACUACGUUAGUUCCUCUGGGCGUGUUGAUUUCAGAGAGAUGGUUAGAGACCUUUUUAGAAUUUACAAGGCGAGAAUAUGGAUGUGUUCUGUGGGCCCGGACUCAACUGUCCCUGCCUCGGAAGAACUGAAUCCAUGA